AUGGACGAGAAGCCAUACAACUGCGAUCUCUCUUCUUCAGAGCUCGGUCACAGUACGAACCUGUGGCGUCACAUGUUGACACACACGGGUAAGAAGCUGCACAAGUGCAACCUCUGUCUUGCAGAGUGCAGCUGUAGCACAGACCUUCAGGCUCCCACUCACAUGCGCACAGGUGAAAAGCCAUGCAGGUGCAAGAAGCGAGUUCAGCCAGAGCACAAACCUGCGGCGUCAAAAGCUGACUCACACGGACCAUCCAAGUGUGAUCUCUCUUCUUCAGAGUUCAGCCAGGGGGCGCACGUGUGGCACCACCAGCUGUCAUCACACGUGGGCGAGAAGCCGUACAAAUCAGUUAAACCUCGAUGUAACAAAGUGUAA